CGUUGUUUCCUAUUCUUUUUUUUUUUUAUUAUUUUUCCUUGUUCGUGUCUAUUCUCUUUCCCUUCAUUAUAUUAAUAUAUACUCGAUAAAAAACCAUGAACAACAAAAUGACACCUUCUUCCAAUACUCCGGAAAAGAUUAAAAAGUAUUUUGAAGAUAAAGAUUGGAAAUUUUACUGUGCUCUUCUUGCUGGUUUGACUUUGGCUGGUACUGGUGCUUAUUAUUUGACACGACCUUCUUCUUCUUCUACGCCAAAGAAAAAGGGUACUUCCAAAAAGGAAUCUAAAUCAAAAAAGACAACGGAAAAAGAACCCGAAGUGACGACUAAACAAGCCGAAGUAACCUCGAAUACUUCUACUACUACUACCACUACUACUACUACCACGGAAACAAUUGAUUAUACAACUUUAUCGGAUGAAGCUAUUGCAGAACUUACAACUGAACAACGUAAUAAGACUGCUCAAUCUCUCAAGGAAAAAGGAAACAAGUUAUUUGGAGCCAAAAAGUAUGAACAAGCUGUAGAAGCAUAUACGGAAGCCAUUCGAUUCAAGGCCGAUCCCAUCUUUUAUUCCAACCGUGCUGCUUGUUAUAGUUUCUUGGGACAGCAUGAUCGUGUGAUUGAAGACACCAAUGAAGCUUUGAAAUUGGAUCCUGAAUAUGUCAAGGCAAUCAAUCGACGUGCUCAAGCUUAUGAAAAGGAAAACCGUUUGAAUGAUGCUCUUUAUGAUUUCACCUCUGUUUGUAUUUUGGAUGGAUUCAAGAACGAUAAUGCUGCCAAAUCUAUGGAACGAUUAUUAAAGCAAUUGGCAUCCACUCGUGCCAAGGAAAUCAUGCAAGCUAAAAAACAUCGUUUACCUUCUACCACCUAUGUCAGUGCUUACCUUGAUUCAUUCCGUCCAGCCAACAUUGAAUUACCUACCACUACCGAUGAAUCCUCUGGUGAUUUUCAUUUUGCAAAGGCAUAUCGUGCUGCUCUUGCUAAGGAUUAUCCUACUGCUUUGGAAGCCAGUGAAAAGGCCAUUGAAUUGGGUUGUUCCGCUGCUUAUUUGCCUGCUGCUCUCAAUUUGAAAGGUACUUUUGUAUUUUUGAAGGGUGAUACUCAAGGUGCACUUGAAUGUCUUAACAAAGCUAUUGAAUUGGAUCCCAAAUAUGUGCAAAGUUAUAUCAAACGCUCCUCUAUUUAUAUCGAACAACAGGACAUUGCUUCUGCUUUCAAGGAAUUUGAAGAUGCAAUUGCUAUCAACCCAAGUGAUCCUGAUGCUUACUAUCACCGUGGUCAAAUCCAUUAUAUCAGUAACAACUACGAUUUGGCUGCCAAAGAUUACAGUGAAAGUAUCAGAUUGGAUGAUUCAUUUUUGUAUGCUCAUGUCCAAUUAGGUGUUGUACAAUACAAGAUGGGAUCUGUGUCAUCUUCCAUGACCACUUUUAAGAACACUCUAAAGCAAUUCCCUGAAUCCUCUGAUGUGCACAAUUAUUAUGGUGAAUUACUAGCUGAUCAACAAAAGUUCCCUGAAGCUAUUGAUAUGUUCUCCAAGGCCAUCGAAUUAGAUCCUAAGAAUCCUCUUCCUUAUAUCAACAAGGCUAUGCUCAAAUUCCAAUUGAUGGCUGAAGCUGAUGAAGCUGUCAGUCUUUGUAAGAAGGCUUUAGAAGGUAAAGUAUUCCACUCAAAAAAAGAAAAUAUCUAUAUAACUAACACUUUUGGUAAUUUAUAUAUUAGCUGAUCCUGCUUGUGAUGCUGCUGUUGCUUCUUUGGGACAAUUGCAUCUUGAACGUGGUGAACCUAUUGAAGCUUUGAAAUAUUAUGAAUUGGCAAUUGAUUUGGCUAGAACUGAACCUGAAUUGGAACAUGCUAUCUCUUAUGUGGAAGCUACC